CUGGGCUGCUCUGCAAAGGAAGAGGACGGCCCUCUGUUUCUCCUCCUCCUUGCCUUGCAAGGCCUGCCCUGCCAAGGGAGGGAGAGCCAUGGCCCAGACGACCCCCGGGGCCCCCGAGGGAUGCCAGGGAUGCCAAGGAUGCCAGGGCUGCCAUCAGAGGGGCCUCCGGGCGGUGGAGCCAGUGCUGGCCUUGGCCACGCUGGCCCUGGGCUUGCAGGGCCCCCUUUGCACCCAGUUCCUCUGGGACAGGCUCGGAGGGGGGCCCUCCAGCAAUGGCACCAGUGGACCCCAGCCCAGCCCCUGCAGGGGGAACCAGAGCCAGCAGGGGACCCAGGAGCAGGAGCUGGAGACGCUGGUGGCCCACUGGAACCUCUACCUGAACCUGGCCGGCUUCUUGGUGGGCCUUUUUGCAGUCACUCUCUUUGGCCCCUGGAGUGACCACGUGGGCCGCCGCCCGGUCCUCAUCCUGCCGGCACUGGGCAUGGCCCUCCAGGCGGGCAUCUACCUGGCGGUGAUGUAUGCCCAGUUGCCCGUGGGCUACCUGCUGGCUGGCCGGAUCCUGAGCGGCCUCUCGGGCGACUACAACCUCAUCCUGGCCGCCUGCUUUGCCUACGCGGCUGACGUCAGCGAGGGUCCCUCUCGCACCUUCCGCGUGGCCCUCCUGGAGGCCUGCCUGGGCCUGGCGGGGAUGGGGGCCAGCGUCCUCGGGGGGCCGUGGCGACGUGCCCAGGGAUACGUGGCCCCUUUCUGGCUGGUCUUUGCCGCCAGCCUUGCCGCUGCUUUCUAUGCUGCUUUCGUGUUGCAGGAGUCAGUGGGCCAGAAACGGCAAGCAAAACUCUUCACCCUCCGCCACUACGCUUCCGUGGCCCGUCUGUACAUGGCACCCAGCCGGGGCUGGGCACGGAAGAAGCUGGCCCUCUACUCCCUGGCCUUUUUCCUCGUGGUCCUGGUGCACUUCGGGACGCGGGACAUCCUGGUGCUGUACGAACUGAGCAGCCCGCUCUGCUGGGACCCGGUCUUGAUCGGCUACGGAUCAGCCGCCCUUUACCUGAGCUACUUGAGCAGCUUGGCCGGGCUGCGGCUGCUCCAGCGGUGGACCCAGGACUCCUGGGUGGCCGAAGCUGGGCUCCUGUCCAAUGUUGCCGGGCUGGUGACCAUUGCCCUGGCUGCAACGACGCCCAUCAUGUUCACAGGUUACGGCCUCCUCUUCCUUUCCAUGAUGGUCACUCCCGUCCUCCGCUCAAAGCUGUCCAAAUUAGCAGACGAGACGGAGCAAGGCGCCCUCUUUGCGGCCGUGGCUUGCGUGGAAGGGCUGUGCUCCCUAGUGGCCACGGGGGUCUUCAGCUCCCUUUACCCGGCCUGCCUGCACUUCAUGAAAGGCUUUCCAUUCCUGUUUGGUGCGCUCCUCCUCCUCCUCCCAGCUGCCAUCAUUGGCUGGAUCCAAAUCCAGGACUCCAGACCUGACUACAGCCAUUUUAGCGAUGUCCCUGAUCCAUCGCUGGAGGACGGACGGAUCAAUUGAGCAGCCUCUGGGUCCUGGAUGGAACAGAUGGGUUUUUUUUCUGCAUUCACUUAAAACAGUUUGAGUCUGAUGUCCCUGGCAUCUUCCCUUGCCAGGACAGCCCAACGUGACCCAACAACACUUGGUUCCCCUUGAUUCCUCUACAGACGGGUGUAUAGAAUGAGGACUAGAGCCAUGCUUCUUGCAAGGAGGAAGGGAACCCCAUGAAAACGAGGGGAACAGAACCUAGUUGGCACAGGGGCACCCAUUUUGUAAAAGUGGCAGAGGAUGUAAUGAGGACUGGAGCCUUGCUCCUUGUAAGGAGGAAGGGAAGCCCGCGAAAGCGAGAAGGAUGGAGCCUAGCUGGCACAUGAGCAUCCAUUUUGUACCUGGGCACCCAUUUUGCAAAAGUGGGAGAGAAUGUAAUGAUCCUUCCUUCUUGCAAGAAGGGAGGGAGACCCACAAACUGAGCCUAGGUGGAUAGAGCCUAGUUGGCACAUGGGCAUCCGUUUUGUAAAAGUGGGAGAGAAUGUAAUGAGGAAUGGAGCCUUGCUUCUUGCAAGAAGGAAGGAAGACCCACAAACAGAGUCUAGUUGGCACAUGAGCAUCCAUUUUGUAAAAGUGGCAGAGGAUGUUUGGAAGAGACUGGCGGCCACAGAAGCAGAGACAGCGAACCCUUUCCGAGAUAAAGAGAGUGAAGUUUGCCUCUGGGGUGAAGGGGAGAAGUGCCAAGGAAGCGUGUCCUUCCCGUCAUGCCUAGUCAGUGCCCCUUGCCAAGAUGAGGUGCCCGCUAGUUGCCUUUACCUAGUUGCUAUUCUCCAUGGUUGCAAGGGGUCCAAAUCCUCCUCUAAAACAUCUCCUUCUCUGUGUGUGUGCGUGUUGCAUGGAGGGGAGGGGUGCUGUUUAAAUAUACCUGAAAGUGUGACAAUAAAACCAGGGUGGAUGUGUG